AUGAGGGCAGUGUUGCACGGCGCCGGCUCGGCCGACGCCGCAAUCCCCCCGGUCGUGCCACGUCUCGCAUGGCGGCAGGAGCGGAGGCGCCGGAGUGCGGCGGGGAAAGACAGGCAGCAGGAGCCACUAGUGGGGGGUCAGCGUGACCCGCAGGUGGGCGGGCAGCAGGGGGCCCGGGAGAGGAGCCGGCAGCCGCCGAGCGGAGGGCAGCAGGAGCUGCCGAGCGGAGGGCAGCGGCAGCUGCCGAGUGGAGGGCAGCGGCAGCUGCGGAGCGGAGGGCAGCAGGAGCUGCAGAGCGAAGGGCAGCAGGAGCUGCAGAGCGGAGGGCAGCAGCAGCUGCAGAGCGGAGGGCAGCAGCAGCUGCAGAGCGGAGGGCAGCAGCAGCUGCCGAGCGGAGGGCAGCGGGAGCUGCAGAGCGGAGGGCAGCAGCAGCUGCAGAGCGGAGGGCAGCAAGAGCCAGUUUGGGUGUUGGAUGUGGAGAUGGCGGACGAGGCUUGCACCGAUGAGCUGGAAUCAAGCCCCAUGGAGGGGGAGAAUGCCAACCCUGAUUCCCCGGACCAAGCGGAAAGGCCCCGAGCGCGGGGCCGGGGGCAGCAGGAGCUGCCGAGCGGAGGGCAGCGGCAGCUGCCGAGUGGAGGGCAGCGGCAGCUGCAGAGCGGAGGGCAGCAGGAGCUGCAGAGCGAAGGGGAGCAGGAGCUGCAGAGCGGAGGGCAGCAGCAGCUGCAGAGCGGAGGGCAGCAGCAGCUGCAGAGCGGAGGGCAGCAGCAGCUGCCGAGCGGAGGGCAGCGGGAGCUGCAGAGCGGAGGGCAGCAGCAGCUGCAGAGCGGAGGGCAGCAAGAGCCGGGGCAUAGGGCGGCAAUCAGGGAGCGGUUGGAGAAGUUUUGGGUCGGGGAGUGGCGGGAGCUGUUUGAGUUGGCGGUGGCGGUAAUGCAACCUGCGGUGCGUCCUUUGUCCUUCACCCCCCCCGAGCAUGAUCCUGAUGCGCAUCGCUCAGCCCUCUCAGCACAUGGUGGACGCGCUGCGAGCGAAACACCCAUCGAGCGAGACCGCCAUUCCGGAGUGGUUGCAGGAGGAGAUAGUUGA